GGUAAAUUUGUAAACCUCUGGCGCGACCAAACUUCUCUCUUCUUCUACCUGGAGAAGAGAUCUUCCAUUGAAACUCACUCUCUGCUCUGCUGAUUUGCCACUCCGAAUCUUCAAAAUGGAUUUACAACUCCCCUCCGUAUGGUUUUCUAAAUUAUAGAUUAUGUCUCGGAGGAUGAAGAAGACGGAGAAGAACCUGGUUUUAUUAUCGUCGGAUGAAGAAGAACACUGUAGCGGUCGAUCAUCUGGUUCGAAACGCAGUAACAGCAAGAUGAAGUCGAGAUCACCAUUUCCUCGGAAGAGCACUCGGCAAGUGAAGAAGGCUCGACUCCUAGGUUCUCGGUCUAGCUUGCAUAAGGAUUCCCGUAACUUUGACGAGUUCAACUUAAUAUGUGAAGAUUUUGAUCAAGUAUUUUCUGCCUUCAAGGUAUCUGCUGGUUCUGGGGGCAUUUGCACAAAUGAAUUAUGGAUUAAUAAAUACAAACCACGUUCGUUGGAAGAGCUUGCUGUACACAAGAAGAAGGUAGAAGAAGUGAAGGUAUGGUUUGAAGAAAGGUUGAGAUCACCUAAGGACCUUCCCAGCAAUCAUGUUCUUGUCAUCACUGGUCCUGCUGGAGUUGGGAAAUCCGCAACUGUUCAUGUGGUAGCAUCUCAUCUUGGAGCCAGAUUAUGUGAAUGGGAUACACCUACUCCUGUGGUUUGGCAAGAGCAUCUGCAUAACUCAAGUGCAGGGCUACAGUACACAUCUAAACUGGAUGAGUUUGAAAGUUUUAUUGAGAGAAUGAGGAAGUAUGGAGUAAUAUCUUCAUGCUCUCUUGGAGAAUCAAAACAACCGGUCAUACUCUUGAUAGAUGAUCUUCCUUUGACCCAUGGGAAGGCUGCUCUUCAAAGACUUCAGAACUGUUUGCAAAUUUUUGUGCAAUCAACUCAAGUUCCAACAGCCAUUUUGAUUACGGAUUGUGCUAAAGGUGAAACAACAGACCUCACCGUACGGUACUUGGAAGAGCUUCAGCUGUGUCUUGAGAAUGCUGGGGCUUGUAAGGUUGCAUUUAAUCCUGUAACUAAUAACUCCAUUAAAAAGGUAAUUUCCAGAAUUUGUAGUCAAGAACAGUACAAUCUGGCAGUUGAUCAGAUUGAUGCAAUAGCUAAAGCAAGUGGUGGUGACGUGAGGCAUGCAAUCAUGUCUUCACAAUUAUUUUGUCUGAAACCAAGUCAGAUUUGUUCUUUAUCAACACCUAGUGCUCCGACAUCUACAAAAGAAUAUGAAGAGGCGUCUCCUAUUGUGGGAGAUGAUGGAUUCUCUUUUCAAUUUGGGCGAGAUGAGACACUCUCUUUGUUCCAUGCCCUGGGAAAGUUUCUGCAUAACAAACGACAGAUUAAAAAUGAUUCUGAGCCAGAUGGUGCGUUUUGUGUUCAAGAAAGUUUGUUGAGAUUGCCACUUAAAAUGGAGCCUCCAGAAAAGGUUCUAUGUCAAGCACAUGGGCAAGCCAGGUCGAUUGCUGAUUUUCUACAUGAAAACGUUCUUGACUUCAUGAAUGAGGAAGCAAUAGAUGAUGCAUGGCUCGUGGCUUCGUAUUUGGGGGAUGCUGACACUCUCAUUUCUUCUUAUGAUGGAAUCCUAGCUAGACAUAACGAUGCAGAAAAUAUUUUACACCUGGCUGCUGCUUCAGUUGCCGUCCGUGGGGUAUUAUUUGGCAACUCUCAUCCAUUGUCUUCCAGGUGGCAUGCUAUUCGUAGACCAAAGCUUUGGCAAACCGAGGGAUCUUCAUUGUUCAAUAAGACCGAGAUGGCAAAACAAAGAUUUAUUGCUUAUGGUGGGCUCAGUUCGGCUGAUAUUUCAGUAGUUGCCACCGAGUACCUACCUGCGUUGAAGUGGCUUGGUAGUAGUGCAACCGGAGAUCAUGAAAAUUUACAGGUGUUGACAGAAGUAAAUGCAGAUUUUGAUUUAGUGGAUUCCGGAGAUGAAAUUGAGGAUUGGUAAAUUAGAUAGGCACCUCGUUAUGUAAGCAAAUCCCAAUAUGAUUGGCAGUCUUGCUCCACACCAAGUUCGGUUUUGUAAAAUGUUAUGAACUUCUCUUCAUUAUUCAAAUAUUAAUAUGAAAUUGAGUACAAAUUAUCGUCUUUGUUACAGAAA